CGCACAAUUUGGGCACUGGAGAUCAUGAGAGGUAUGAAUGGGACCAAAGGGAAGGAUUGGCGGCAAGGCAAAGAUAGAGAUCAUUGUCCGUCCUCAGCACCCAUGUAAACAUCCCGUUGCAGUUUCACUGUGGUCAUGUGCUAAAGCGGCCAACUUGGAAGCAAACCCUGAUAUACUGCACAACUGCUGGCAAGAGCAACAUGUAUUUUCCAAAAACGAUCUGCAAUGCGCAAUUUGGGCCGUAAGCACGUUGCGAUCAUCCCAAGCGCCAUUGCUGCAAAAUCUGGUUCAUUCUUUUGUGAGACGAAGUCGUGGAGCAACAGUUGUACCUGGGCUGGGGAAUGUGUUUUGGGCGCUCAGCUGGAGUGGUUGUCUGAAGAACGCUAUGGCAUCUAUUCCUGACUUGGAAAGCCAAGCCUCAGAAUCUUUGACGUGGCUUGGCGCAAGAGAUUUGGCAGGGAUUGCUUGGGCGUGUGCUAUUUCCCAAUGCGGCAACCACAGUUUGAUGGAAGCUGUAGCUGAAGUAUGCGGAUUGCGAAUAUCGCAGCUGCCACCCAGGUAUUUGUCCAAUGUUUUCUGGGCUUUUGCUAAGAGUUUGAUACGGUGGCCAGGAAGCAAUGCUGCUUGCUUUUGGGCUGUUGUCACCCAACAACUGUCCGAAUUUCGUCCGGAAGAAAUGGCAGCUGUUGCUUGGGCAGCAGCACGGACGCAGACGUCCAUUAGCAGCACGGCAGUUCAGCCUUUCCACCGUCAAGUCAUGAUUUUUUCAUACCAUGGUGAGCUCGGUCCCCGGGAGUUCGCAAAUCUUCUGUGGUCACUUGCCCGGCUGUCAUCUCUGCAAAAGUCCGCUUGCGCUGAGCUAUUUCAAGGGAUGAGUACCAGGCACAACGAAUUGCAAUCGCAACACAUUGCGAGUUUGGUUUGGACAUUGGCAUCCAUCAGGCAUUGGUGUUCACCAUUCCUAGAGAUGGCAACGGACUCCAUUUGUUCACGUAGUUCCAACUUUGGUCAUACUGAGUUGGUCGGUAUAGCUGUGUCCUUUGCCAAACUGAGUUGCACUCAAAAUUCUGGAGUUCUGCUACAUUGUGCGAGGGAGUUUCAUUCCAACGAGUUGACAAGCCAAAGUUUCGCCAAUUUGAUGUGGGCUUUUGCGACCGUGUCCCAGACAGGGGUGAUCGACAAGCACAGGCUGCAAAAGGUUACAGCGAAUAUCAAUCAGUUGUUCAACAACUGCACCUCCCAAGAGCUGUCUACUACUGCGUGGGCAUUUGUGAAGCUAAACAUCGCGACAAAGCCCGUGAUGCAGAUUUUUGCUAGUCGUGCUUGUGAAAUCAUCGACAGUUUCAACGCGCAAAAUGUGGCGAAUUUUUCAUGGGCAUUGGCUUUGGAACUCCUAUCGGACCUUGAAGUAUGGCGGGAGCUGCGGAAGUUCGUAGCUGAACGAAUGGCGGAGUUCAAAAGCCAAGAGCUCGCCAGUUUGUGUUGGUCUUUUGCUGUGGUCAGAAAUCAAUUCGACUGCCUCCUGGUUGCGGAAGCUGUUUGUUCGCAGCCGAAUGAUGCCAUUCCCUCGAUCCUGGGGGUGACCUGGGCUUUGAACCAUUUAGAAGUUUCAGACGUGAGAACAAAGGCAGCGCUGCUGAGGCAUGGCCAAAAGCUGGAUGCUGCGCAUGGCACCCAGUUGCCAAGGUCAACUUUAGCCGUUGCGCAAAGAUCCAAGCAGACUAUGAAGAAUGCGGCAGCUGUUUCUCCACACAUCUCCCUUGAACUGUUUGACCGCCUAGUGGUCAGCAAACCGUCAGGAUGGGAAGUUGAGGAAGGCCAACGGAAAGAUAAAGGCAGAUGCCUCCCUAGUUUGAGUUGCUACCUCAGGGAUUCUGAACAUGCAGUGAGUUCUCCUAUUUUUCAUGACGCUUCGCAUCAUUAUGGUUUUAUUCAUCGGCUGGACGUACCAGGUUCAGGCUUGGUUUUGGCUGCCAAGAGUUACUCCGCCUUCUACGAUCUGCAAUUUCAGCUGAUGUCUGGACAGCUCCGCCGGGAAUACAUCUCUCUUUGCCACGGCUGGCUUUGCCAAAAGCAGGUGGAUCGUUCGAUCCGAACACAACGAGGCUUGCCCAGUCGAGUCAGUACUGGUGGGAGGCCAUCAGUGACACAAUUGACACGAAUCGCAUGCUGCUUCAGAAGGACAACUGGGCAGACGUUCACUUUGAUCCUGGUGCGCAUUUUCACUGGAAGAACACACCAAAUUAGGGCACACACUGCCCACCUGGGUCAUCCCACAGUUUCUGAUGGGAAAUACAGCAGCGCGAGCACUUUUCAGGAGGAUUGUCAAUGGUGUCCACGGAACUUCCUGCACCGACAUCGUGUGGGUUUCUUUAAUCAUCAUGGUCAGUAUGUGCAGGUGACUGAGGACUUGCCAUCGGAUUUGCAAAGAGUCUUGCUAGAACUCGAGCCCCGUGCAGAUGGCUGGUCCAGGGAAGCUUGGGAGAAUUUCGUCAAGAGCAGUUGAGGUGAUUUUGGCUGCGACACGGAAAACUCCAAAGAUUGCGCAUCUCGUCGCCAGCAUGUUGGCAUGCAGGAGGGCCUAUAUGCAUCCCAUAUUCUCAUGGGCCCAGAUCAAGAUGAUAAAGGACAACCACUUGGAUUUUCUUGACUCCCACGGCAACAAGAUGCAGCAUCGAUAAGCGGCUGAUAUCGGCUGCUCAGGGUUACCUUCGAGGCCAUUUGGUGCAUCGCCAGGCUUGCAUUGUGAACCACUGGGUCGUCGACAAAGACAAGCCCUGCCAGGAUCAAAGUGGUGUCACACAGAUUGGGGCACACUGCAGUGUGCCCACGAUUUUGCGUACCAAAUUCAUGAUUGCCAAAGGAUGGUGUCCUCGCAGCAGGCAGCAGGGAGGGAAUUCUAUCGCUUGGCCAAGGAAACAUGGGAAACCGAUCGGCUAUGGCCAUGGACUGCCCUGCUGCGGCGUAAAUACCGCAAUUGUUUUCUAACAAAAAUGGCACACUGCCGGUGCGGAGCUGCGACAAUUGGUGGUGCUGGAUGGUGCCAGUCCUUCUCAGCAAAUGUCAGCAAUGAAUAGCAAUGACUUGUUGGACUGCAGCUUAUGUCCCAGCCACAAGAGGUAGAAGUAUAUAGAAUGAAGUAGACUCCUGCGCUGUGAAAAAUUAAAGAACGACGAGGGAUGUACCUGCCCAAGCGGAGAAGCAGUUGGGAUCAAAAAUGCUGACGCAACAGACGUUGCAAAGCCUUGGUUAGCAAAACUUU